AGAUGGCGAUAUGAGUCGUUUCAUCUUACCGUCCAAAGCAAACGCAUGCAGCUGUCUAUAUAGUACUGUACAUACAUAUGGACCAGUUCGUACAUCAAACAUUCUCCAAUCCGGCUGCAAAUGCAUUGAUUUCCUCCUUAACUCGAUUUAAUUGCGAGAAGGAAUGUAAAAAACGUGGAAAAUAUACAUACUUUCUUUAUGAAAUACUUUUUUCACCACCAUGCUAGUGGCUAAUGCUACUUCCUGAUGAUCUGCCCUGUAUUCAGCCAGGGGUAAACAACAGACUACUGCAACCUGAUUGGCUGAAUGCAAUACACAACAUCUAGGGGUGUAUUCAUUAACGUUUACUGUUUAAGAACCAAACGGAAGCAGAUGAAACGUGGAGGGACCUACCUGAAUUUGUCCAAUAGAAACUCUCAUUUGCGUUUUCUAUUUGGAGUAAACCAGAAUCAGCUUAAUGAUUAGACACCAGGACUAGCAUUCCUAGGCAUUAGGCGCUCUAGCAUGGUUGUGGAAAGGGGUGUUUCAUAAAGAAAGUACACAUAUUAUCCCCGCCUUCUCGCCAUUAAAUCGAGUUGAGGAAGAAAUGGUUUAUGUAUGAACCAGUCCAUGGGGGAUAGGAGUGUAUAGCUGGCUGCGUGUAUUCCAUUUGGACGGUAAGAUGAAACUACUCAAUAUCGCCAUCUGCCGGUCUUUGGGCUAUGUAGCUAAAUCAAUUUAAACUCCCACUGCACGAUAAAGUAGUCCUAGUUGAUCUAUUUUCCUCACCUUUGAGAAAUAGAUAUUGUUAUUUUGUUCAUAAAAAUAUGUCCAAAUUAAACAUAGCAGUAGUCGAAGAAAAAUCUACAAUAAAAAUGUCUGUGUUUGAAUGCGUAAGAAGCUCAUUUACAUGUUAUCUGAAAGGCAAUAAAGUACCAAUUCAAACGGUCCAAAAAUACAUACAAAAAUUUGUGCAGUAGAAUCGAAUGGUAGAACUGUGUUGAUUUCUACACUGAUCCAGGAACAAUCUAAAUAGGUUCAGGCACUGAGGUAUAAUAAGAAGCAGAUAAAUGUAUAUAUAUUAUCUAUGCCUUUUUGCCGCUCUUUGAUGACGUGAGAGAGCUGAAAAACGAGUGUUGAUGCAUCAAGGAUACUGUACAAGUCAGUGAGGCCGAAAAGGUGUGUAUUACGCAUGGUUUGUCGGUAGGUUUCAUUCUGAAAGAUAUUGCUGCAUGCUCAUGUUUAGUUUAUUUUUUUGCGGGAAAUAAUUGUCCCAGAUGAGGUCUACCUGGAGUUUUUGUUGAUUGGUGAGUGCAUUGUUGCUUCUGGUCGAGUACAGUAUAAUUCUAAUAUGAGGGACUCUGGACGUAGUGUUGUAACGAGUGAUCUAUGAUGAGUCGCCCUCUUGCUGUCCCUAUCCUAGCUCUGCCAAUGCCACAACAGAGUUUUGGGGUGGUGAUGAACUGGGCAUGGAGUUGAGCAACACCCUGUCCAAAUUGUUCAACAACAGAUGCAGUGUGGACCCGAAAUGCCUUUGCAUCUUCCCUGGGGAACACUGCUGAGUGCUCUAUGUGGUCGUGCUGGUGAGUGACUGACACCGAAACGGGGCCUCAAAGUAGAGCGCUUCACAGGUCCAAAAAGUUGGACCAAUUCAGAAAUGGAUCCGUGGCUUUUCCACCUGACCGAUAUAUAUAUAUGAUUUUUUUUUUGUGGUAAAGUUCCAAAUGGACCCGAGAACAGUAAGACCCGUGGGAAAAUAGACACAAACAUACCCUUGUCAGUUCAGAUCUGAGAGAGAAAGAAAUCUCAGACGGGUUGCUGCCAGCGCCAUUAAUAAACGAGCGAUAUUGGCAAAAUGCUCCAGUUACAUGACCUUUAAACUGCCGAGAACAAAUUACAAAAAAACGUUGUGUUUCGAUGUGUAGCAUAUUAAAAACUUUAUAGCCUAUUGUUUUAUUGUUUUUCACUUUCCUAAAACAAUAAUUGUCCACCUCAGAUGUUAGAGAUUUGAGCGCUAAAUGCAUUAGGGCAUCGCAUGCAUGCACAUAGGCCUACAGGCCUAGACGUCUACUGUAUGAUAUAGAUAUUUUAAAAAGGGAUAUAAAGGAAGAGAAGCUUAGGCCUAGCCCUAGAGGCAGAUGGAAAGGUAGAGAUAUGCAGGCGCUAUGUUCCCGACAUACAUUCGUUAUCCUUAUCACAGAUAGGCUACUACUGCUAUACAGAUGUAGGCGUACAGAAGGAGGCAAAUUCGUUUUAUUUUUUUUAUAAAGAUAAGCAUUGUAUUGUUAGAUUAAAGGAGCAACUCUGGUAGGCCUAAAACAUUCUUCCUCACCUCAAGGCUCAACCUGAGUCAGUUGGCGCUCUGGUGCACUAUACCACACCAAACCUUCAUAAAAGUUUCUUAACUUUAUUAGGUUAAUAUCAAUAGUAAGUCAAGUCAUUGCUCAAUGUUUAUGGGUGAAAUACAAACAGGUUAUUAUAUUGCAGCAUUAAAUUACGUUUUGCGUCUUGCCCUCUGGUUUGACCUUUUCAUGGUUUGAAUGCAAGUAGCCCUAUAGAAGGCUUGCCGGUAAUUAUAUUACACUAUACAUACAAAAGUAUGUGGACACCCCUUCAAAUGAGUGGAUUCAGCUAUUUCAGCCACACAUAAAUACUUUCUUGAGACAAAAUGUACUUGCUACGAUUGUUAUAUGUUUUUUUCUCACCUAGCUAUCUCAAGAUGAAUGCACUGUUUGUAAGUCGCUCUGGAUAAGAGCGUCUGCUAUAUUACUAAAAUGUCAAAUGUUUACACUAAUGCACUCCUAUUUCAACAUCCUGAACACUUCAUAAUGAUCAAUGUUGCCUUGUUUGCCAAACUGUCAUUAGAUUAGACUGUUGCAAUCUUCUAUCUUUCUGUAUGCUGCCACAGUAUCUGCUCUGGUGUGACAUUCCGAUUGGCUAGGCAUAGGUCACUCUUUUCCAGGUAUAGGUCUUCACGGUCCAACAGACCUGAAAUUCUGAGAUCCCGGGAUCCUUCUUAAAUACAGACGUCUGUCUCAGGUCUUGGUGGGUCUGAUAUACACUCAACAAAAAUAUAAACUCGAUAUGUAAAGUGUUGGUCCCAUGUUUCAUGAGCUGAAAUAUAAGAUCCCCGAAAUGUUCCAUAUACCCCAAAAGCUUAUUUCUCUAAAAUGUUGUGCACAAAGUUGUUUACAUCUUGUUAGUGAGCAUUUCUCCUUUGCUAAGAUGAUCCAUCCACUUGACAUAUGUGGCAUAUCAAGGAGCUGAUUAAACAGCAUUAUCAUUACACAGGUGCACUUUGUGCUAGGGACAAUAAAAGGCCACUCUAAAAUGUGCGGUUUUGUCACACAACACAAUGCCACAGAUGUCUCAAGUUUUGAGGGAACGUGCAAUUGGCAUGCUGGACUGCUAGAAUGUCUACCAAAGUUGUUGCCAGAUAAUUCAAUGUUAAUUUCUCUACCAUAAGCCACCUCCAACGUUGUUUUAGAGAAUUUAGCAGUACAUCCAAACGGCCUCACAACUGCAGAGGGGUCUGCUGAUGUCAACGUUGUAAACAGAGUCCCCUAUGGUGGCGGUGGAUUAUGGUAUGGGCAGGCAUAAACUAUGGACAACGAACACAGUUGCAUUUUAUCAAUGGCAAUUUGAAUGCACAGAGAUACCGUGAUGAGAUCUUGAGGCCAAUUGUCGUGCCAUUCAUCCGCCACCAUCACCUCAUGUUUCAGCAUGAUAAUUCACAACCUCAUAUCGCAAGGUCUGUACACAAUUCCUGGAAGCUAAAACUGUCCCAGUUCUUCCAUGGCCUGCAUACUCACCAGACAUGUCACCCGUUGAGUAUGUUUGGGAUGCUCUGGAUCAACGUUUACGACAGCACGUUCCAGUUCCCGCCAAUAUCCAGCAACUUCGCACAGCCAUUGAAGAGGAGUGGGACAACAUUCCUCAGGCCGCAAUCAACAGCCUGAUCAACUCUACUGGAAGGAGAUGUGUCUUGCUGCACGAGGAAAACAUUGGUCACACCAGAUACUGAUUGGUUUUCUGAUCCAUGCCCCUUAAGGUAUCAGUGGCCAACAGAUGCAUAUCUGUAUUCCCAGUCAUGUGAAAUCCAUAGAUUAGGGCCUAAUGAAUGUAUUUCAAUUGACUGAUUUCCUUAUAUGAACUCUAACUCAGUAAAAUCUUUGAAAUUGUUGCAUGUUGCAUUUAUAUUUUUUGUUCAAGGCCUCGGGCAUGUGCAAUUAAAAUUGAUUGGACUCAUCCUCUGUUAAUUUAAUGUGUAAGGUGAUGAGAACUGCGCGAGCUCGUUAUCUAUGUCAGCCAAUUCCAACUUAAUAAAACGUAUAGCUGAAACUGGUUCCGGCUGCUUACCUAACGUACGCCUGCUGCUGAGGAGAGAGCGAGUGAAAUGAACCUUGGCCUAGGCUACUGUUGAUUGCGAAGAUAUAGGCCUUUUUCAUUAAAGUAAAACGAAAGCUACAGGAGAAAGAGUAUAUUGAAAAGAAGCAGACAAGGGGAGUGUCAUCCGUGGGGACAAGUUUUAAUAUUGUAGUGGACAAAGAUGAGAAGAACGUUGGCACGGCCAAAUGGACUGUCUGCGUCUCGAUAUUCAGCAUUGAUGCAAUUUUCAACCGUUAAAUUAUUUAUUUUCGUAAUUAGUAUAAUUUGUUUUAUCUUUAUUAUUAUGAUUCUAUAUCAGUUAGGGCUGACCCCAAUUAGUCGACCGAGAUUGUUUUAGGCGAGCAGUAACAAAUAUAUAUAAAUCUGCGCCCAUCUCAGGGAACUACAUUGCGCAGGCCUAGACUAAAAGCCAAUUUAUACUUGAUCCAAAAAUGUGGUAGGAGGGAGGCUCCGUGUGGAGGGUUUGACGCAAUUGCUGAGCCUCCAGAGGCAUUCAGAGGCCAUCCUGUAUGAACACAAACUCAGUUAUAUGACAACACCUCUGCGCUGCUCUGUGAAGCGCAGGAAAUAUGAAUGCUCUGACUUCUGCGGAGGCCACAUCACCAUAAAUGCUACAUGGCCAAUGCAGACGUUGGAUUGACCAUGCGCGCAGAUGCACUUCUCCAGUGCGCUCUCUCCCGCCAAUUUGUGCUCUUUAAUUGUUUCAUAACUUCAUUGUGUGAAUUGUUUGCGUUUGAUUGUUAGUGUAUAUCAAUUCUCAAUUACAUAUCACCAGUAGUACAUUUGCCGUUAAUUCCAAGAAUGUCUCAUCUACAAUGUUUGUUACUUUAGUUAAGGUAAUUUAUUUGAAGGCAUUCAGUAUUAUUAUGCCAGUCUUCCGGUUCUCAUUGUCGGAGUGGACACAUUGUUUGCAGAGUGCACAACCUAUGCUAACCUUAUGAGAAACACGUUUUCGUUGAUUUCAUUCCUUUUAUGAGUUUUGCCAAUUUAGUUAUUGUCUUUUAUUUGUGGUGGACGCCACACUGUAGGAGAAGGUGGCCGUGUUCAGUGGCCAUCCUGAUCAUCUCUGUCACACACAAGGGUAUGGUCACCUGUGUCAGGAAGGUGGGAGGAGGCAGCCUGGACCCAGAGAGCAUCUUUGAGAUGACAGAGACAGGGAAACGGGUAGGGAAAGCCCUCAUGGAGCUUCUGCAGAAGGAGUGUCUGGGAAAGAAGAGACAGAAAGUAGGCUUUAAAAAAUAAAUAAAAAUCUAUGCAACAGUGUUAAAUGUGUCUGUCUUCCCUACACUUCAAAGCAGGGAAAUUUUGAAUCACCUAUAGAAAUGACCUGUAUGAGUAUUUUGAUAAAAGGUUAAUGAUGUUUACUUGAAUGCUGAACUAAGGUGGAGGCGGCAGAUGGCAAACAUGUUUUUACCACUAUUGAAUGUACAAAUAAUGACCAAAUUCAACAAAUGUGUAAGUUGAGCAGUGUGUCCUUGCCAUUCAAAUGGCUCAAAUAAAAACUAAGCCUCUUACUUUUGUCUUCCCGAUUGGUCAGGAUUACAACGAAUGUUCAGCAUUUAGUGAAGUUAAAACCGAAGACUACUUAUAUUGUAUACCUCUAUAACUGAAUAUGUCUGAAUAUCUUUUUCUAUAAUUGAGUAGAUAUUCUGAUGGCGAUAGUCACUGUGUCCUAUUGUCCUUAAUACGUGUCAGAUUCAUCAGAGGAGCAUAAAGUGCACAACCAAAAGAGCAGAUGUGAGACAGGACCAUUUCCACUGCCUAAGAACCGUGGCCUGGAGCAAAUGGUCUACUUUGCCAGAGAGGAUACCGGUCCAAAGAAACACGUAUGUAUUCUACUUCACCAUUUAAAAACCUGACCAAGAUCCUGAGUUUAAAAAAAUAAAAGCAAAGAAAUGAAUUUGCAUCGCAAUAAUACCAAAGACAACUGAUUUAGUUGACCAUAAAGUGAAUAAGAGAUGCCAUUUGACUCAUAUUAGAACCACUACACCCUAUUUUUCUUUUUCAAAGUACAGGGUGGGACCGCUGGGACGUGCAGAAAUCAGAUAAGGAUGUCACAGUGCAUGUGAUGUCUGGGACUGAGAGAGUAUCAGGUUCUGAGGUUGGACAGCUCCAGCUCCAGGCAUCAGUUUUCAAUUACACUGUGUUUUUCCCUUUUGUGGAGAGAGGACAUAAAUUGCCAGGCUCCACAUUGAAGCAGUCAUUCAACAACAGAUCUAACCAUGGAGUUCAGAAGAACCUGUUUGGUUUUUGGAAUACUCCUCUUGGUGAACUGCUCAUUCCAGCAGGCUUUCCCUACGAAGAAAACGGUUAAAAAGGAUGAAAGAAAAGAUGCAGCCAUAGAGGAGCUGCAGAAGCAGAUCGACGACAUUGUUCAGGAUCUAAAUAUUAUGAAGGAGCAACAGGCUUUGCAGUCAGUUUGUUUGAAAGGGGUCAAGGUUCAUGGCAAGUGUUUCCUGGCUGAGCCGCGGAAGAAAAGCUACCAUACAGCCUUUGACGACUGCAUUGCCCUGGGGGGUGUACUCGGUACCCCCUUGUCCAAGGACCAGAAUGACCAGCUCAGCGACUACGUCUACCAGAGCAUCGGCCCAGGCGAGCAGAUAUGGCUGGGCAUCAGCGACAUGGUGACUGAGGGCAACUGGAUGGAUCAGGUGGGCAACAGCAUCCUCUACAAGAACUGGGACUCUGAUUCCAGAUCCCCAAAGAAAGAUCGUUCCCAGAACUGUGUCAUCCUCUCAGAGGCCACUGGUGGGAAAUGGUUAGACAAGAACUGUCGUGAGGAGAAGGCCUCUGUCUGCGAGUUCAACAUAGUCUGAGACACACCAUUUGUUAGCUGCAUUUCCCAUGCUUGAAUUAUAUUUCUUGUUCGCUACCUUGAAUUCUUUUCUACAAUGUACGCUUUGGUUUUAAAUUCAACCCCUGAAAAUGUAUAUUUUUUAACAAGUUACUGACACUUUUCUAGAGCUGAUACCCAGACAAAAAUGUUGGAGAAUUCUUUGUAAAACAUGGAGGUGGUUUCUUGGACACAGAUGAAGGAUUAUCCAGGACUAGGAUUAAUCUGUGUCCGGCGAAACUGUCCCAAUGACAAUGACACAUUUUCAUGUGAAUAUGCACAAGUAUGAGAUCCUUACGUUAUCAUCUAGAUUUAUGGUACUUAAUCUGUUGCUUUCCUUUCUAAUUUACAACAAUUAUGUCAGAGAGCUAGUCUUUGAAUACUUGUUUGUUAAUCACAAGAUGUUUAGCCUGAACACAUAUACAUCUCAAUAAAAGUUAUGAAAUUAUAA